GUGUGCAAGCACCUUAAGAAACGCAUUCACAACACAACACAACACAUCCCUCUGCGUCUGAGGGGAUCUGGGGCUCCAGAGGGUUAACCAGCUGGACCUCAGUGUGUAUAAGCGGGUCUGAGAAAGUGUUAAACUGAAAUUUUACAGUUACAGUUUCACAGACAGUAGCGUUAAAUCUAUCUGAAUCUGUGAGCUGUUCUGGAGUCAGUAUGGACUCUGGGUGGUCUGAGAGCAGUCCUCCGUUUCAUUACUGUCUCCGGGCCUCGGGUCAGGCGGAGGUGUGGCGGGACUACACUGAUGAAGCGAAGUUUAAGCAGUACGGUUGGAGGAGCUGCACGGCUGAGGACGCUUAUUCAGUCUCUACUCUUAUCGGGAACUGGUCAGAGAGGAGAGCUGAUACUCGCCGUGCUAAAGAAUUACGACGCCCUCUACCGUCUCAGUUCUCUCACUACUUUGAGACCUCAUACUCCUCUGCCUACAACAAAGAAGACACACGCCCAGUUUACAACACUCUAAAGAGAGAGCCCAGAAUCUUUCCUGGUCACCAGCCUGAACUGGACCCUCCCCAUACAAAGUGUGUGCUGGACUCCUGCUACAGACUGGACUUCAGCAGGCAUGGGUCAACCAGAAGCUCUGCAAGACCAAGUGCUCCUGAGCUGCAGCUGAAAAGCGAGAAAGAGAUGGACACAAGGAAUUCUGUCACAGAUCUGCAGUAGACUGUGAAUCCACGUAAACAGGAGUGUACACUCUUAAACAUAAAGACUCUGCAAUUUUUUCAUUGAGCCAAAUCACUUUUGGUUCCAAAAAAAAAACAAAUAACGUUUGUAACCAAAAUAUCUGUGAAUAAUCUCAGUAAGUGAAGGUUCUUCACCAUUUUAAGAACUUGACAUUCACACAUCUCUAGUAUUAAACUGAAAAAAAAAAGUUUAUUUGAAGCAUUAUUUAAAGAACCAAACAAUUUACAGUUGCACAAUGUAUUACACAGGAUACAGAUUUAACUGCUUGUGAUAUAUAACUGUCGCAACAACUUUUAAAAAUGUUUAUCAGAAUUAUUGGCACCAAUAGUAUCCACUUUGUAAGUCUAGUACACUACAGGAAUUAACCACUACACAGAAUGUUGAAUAAAGAUUUUCCAUUCAAAGUAAAAUAUGGUCUAUGUCUAAGCUUAAA